AUGUCGACAUCAAAAACAGUAUUGGAUAUAGAGUUUCCAAAUUAUAUAUCUGCAGCACUACCUUAUUUCAUUAUAUUCUUUGUUUUGGAGCAAUUGUUUGCGCUAAUCAUUAAGAAAAAAGAUGAUUUCCUAUUAAAAGAUUCAUUUUCAAGUUUAUCAACAGGUUUAACUACGAUUAUAUAUGAAAAGAUAGUUCCAAUAACACUUUUGAAGUCUAUCGAAUUCAUUGUCGUCAUUUACAUCUGGAUUCACUACAGAAUCGUUGAUAUCCCAGAGGAUUCAAAGCUUGCAUCCGUAGCUACUUUCCUUUUAAUUGAUUUCGGAUACUAUUGGUUCCAUAGAUUAGCUCAUGAAGUUAAUUAUAUGUGGGCAACUCAUGUUACACAUCAUUCAAGUGAGAAAUAUCUUGGUCCUCUCGAAUGGAUCAUCAAUACUCCAUCUCACCACAGAGUUCACCACGGAAGAAAUCCUAAAUACAUCGAUAAGAACUAUGCUGGUACUUUAAUUAUUUGGGAUAGAUUGUUCGGUACUUUCCAAGAGGAGGAAGAAGAAGUAUUCUUUGGUUUGGUACAUUCACUCGGAAGUUCCGAUCCAACAUGGUGUCAGAUUCAUCAUUGGUAUGAUAUGUACAAGAGAACCAAGCAUUAUCCGAAGCUCACCGAUAAGAUCAAGGUGUAUCUCUGUGGACCAGGAUGGAGACCUGGCAUCCCAAGAAUGGGACUUAUCACUGAUAUUCCAAUGCCACACAAAGGUGAUAUUGCCGAGCGUAUCGGUGAAGGUUUAACAGUACUACUGAACACCUAUAUUAUCUCUCACUUUAUGUUGAUUUCCAUCUUUUCGAUUGUGUGCCUCUCUGUAUACGAAGAUGAAUUGGGUCCAACCAGAAUCACCUGUACCAUGGCUUACCUAUAUCUAAGUUUAACAACUUUUGGUGCCAUUUUCGAUAAGAAACGUUAUGCUAUGACAUUAGAGUUGAUUAGAUUGGUAUUAUUUAUUGCUUUUACAUGGGAUGCAUUGAACUCAACCGUUCAAUACAUUAGAUUAUUCUACUUUGUAUCUUCUGCAUGGGUAAUUGCCAACCAUUUCAGUGGAUUAUCAUUUAAAUCUAAACUAAAAUAG